AUGCAGCCGCACCUGUCGCACGACGAGCUGCACACCGUCGACGUGCUCAAGUCGCUGGCCUGCCCGUCCUUCGACGACGGCGACGACAAGCCGCUGAAGCGGCGGAGCAGCUGGAAGGAGGAGCACGCCGGGCUGAACCCGCCGAGCCCCCUCGCGCGCGCGUCGUCCGGCUGCCUCGACUUCCCGUCGGACGGCGGCGGCUCGGAGCCGGAGCGCGACGCGGACGAGGUCGACGACAUCCUGCGCGCGAGCGUCAAGGGCGACGUGAGCCGGCUGCUGCCCGAGGUGUCGCGCGCGGCGCUCAUCGAGCGCCUGCGCACGGACCUCUUCGAGGCGCAGGAGAAGAAGGAGGCCGGCGACGACGACGCCGCGUCGGCGCCGGGCUUCGCGACGCCGCCGGCCGCGUCCGUGUCGCCGCGCGAGGCGGACGACAAGGCCGAGGCCGCGCCGGCGGCGGGCGAGGAGAAGCUGGGCACGUUCAAGGGCGUCUUCCUGCCCUGCCUCCAGAACAUCCUCGGCGUCAUCCUCUUCCUGCGGCUGUGCUGGAUCACGGGCCAGGCCGGCGCGCUCGGCGCGACGGGCAUCGUGCUCAUCUGCGCGACGUCGACGUUCCUGACGGCGCUGUCGCUGAGCGCCGUGGCGACGAACGGCAAGGUCGAGGCCGGCGGGCCCUAUUUCGUGAUCUCGCGGAAUCUCGGGCCCGAGGUCGGCACGGCCGUCGGGCUCCUCUUCUACCUGGGCACGACCAUCGCCGCGUCCAUGUACGUGCUCGGCGCCGUCGAGGCGCUCUACGACGGCUUCGCGGGCGCGACGCGGAGCGCGGACUUCCCGCUGCGGUCCGUGCUCACCGCGCUCGCGAUGAUGGCGCUCCUCGCGGCCAUCGUCCACGUCGGCGUGAAGCAGGUCAACGCGGCGGCGUCCGUGUUCCUGAGCAUCGUGCUCCUGUCCGUGUUCUGCCUCAUCAUGGGCAUCCUGCUCUUCGCGGGCGACGCGUACAGCGGCGAGCUCGGCGGCGGGGACCGCGACUUCUUCGACAACGUGAAGCCCAACUUCGAGGAGGACGACGGCGUCCAAUGGGACUUUCGGAGCCUCCUGGCCAUCUUCUACCCGUCGGUGACGGGCAUCAUGGCCGGGUCGAACCGGUCCGGCGUGCUCGCGACGCCGUCGAAGAGCAUCCCGCUCGGCACGCUCGCGGCCAUCGCGCUGACGACGUUCCUCUACGUCGUCGUCGUCUGGCUCUACGGCCUGGUCGUCGCCCACGACGUGCUCAUCGAGGAGAAGCUCGUCGUCGCGCUCGUCGCGUGGCCGAGCCCGAUCAUCGUGAAGCUCGGCAUCAUCAUGUCGUGCGUGGGGGCGGCCCUGCAGUCGCUGACGGGCGCGCCGCGCCUCCUCGCGGCCAUCGCGAGCGACGGCGCCCUGCCCGUGCUGGCGGCCUUCGCGCCGCCCGUCGACGCGGGCUGGCCCGCGCUGGCGCUGACCUGGUUCGUCGCGUCGAUCCCCUGCUUGGCGGGCGAGCUCAACGCGAUCACGCCGAUCGUGACCAUGUUCUUCCUGCUGAUGUACGCGACGGUGAACCUGUCCUGCUUCUGCCUCGCCUACCUCAAGUCGCCGGGCUUCCGGCCGACCUGGCGCUACUUCCACUGGUCGUCGGCGCUCCUCGGGUUCUUCUGGUGCGUCGGCCUCAUGUUCACGAUCAGCUGGCGGGGUUUGGAGGCGACGCUCGCGCUCAUCUUCGCCUUCUCCAUCAUGUACUACGUGCGCAAGCAGCGCAUUAGCAAGGACUGGGGCGACGCCGGCGCGGGGCUGCGCUUCCAGGUCGCGCGGGACCAGCUGUUGGCGCUCACGGAGCG